AUGCAACUACACGCUUUCCUCCUCGCAGCCCUCAGCACGGCGGUCCUGGGCGCACCCGCCAAACUAGUCACCCGCACAGCUAGGACCACUGCCCCCGCAGGUUGCCUGACAGUCGGAUCGAGUGGGAAAUACUCGACUAUCGGCGCUGCACUUACUGCUCUCGGCUCUUCCUCAGCAGCAGCUUGUAUCUAUGUCGCAAGCGGCACGUACGAGGAACAGCUUACUAUUAACUAUGCCGGUGCUCUGACUUUGUAUGGCGAGACGACGUAUGAGGAGUCAUAUAAGGAGAACACUGUUACCAUUACGCAUACGAUAUCUUCGCCCGAGGCUGGCUCACUGGAUGCGAGCGCUACCGUGAACGUUGUCGCCGAUGGGUUCAAGAUGCACAAUAUCAAUGUGGUGAACGGGUUCGGGAAAGGCGCGCAGGCUGUUGCACUCGUCGCCAAUGCCGAUAAACUCGGCUUCUAUGCGUGUCAGUUCAGUGGAUACCAGGAUACUUUGUACGCCAAGUCGGGAACACAAUACUACGCCAACAGCAGGAUCGAGGGAGCCGUGGACUACAUCUUCGGCGCCGCCUCCGCCUGGUUCAACAACUGCGAUAUAGUCUCCAACGGCCCUGGGGCCAUCACUGCCAGUUCGCGCCAGACAACUACCGACACCACCUGGUAUGCACUCGACCGCUGCAAUAUCAAGGCUGCGUCUAGUGCUGUCCUCGAUAGCACUGUCUAUCUUGGCCGUCCAUGGCGAGGCCUUGCUCGCGUCAUCUACCAGAACUCCAACCUGGGUAGUAUAGUCAAUGCCAAGGGCUGGACGACAUUAGCGGAAGGCGCCACACCACUCUAUUAUGAGUACAACAAUAGCGGGGCCGGGUCAGAUACUUCUGCGCGCGAGUACGAGACUCCUAUAUCGGCGGCAGUCACAAAGGACACGGUUCUAGGAAGCGACUAUGCUGAUUGGAUUGAAUCAGGCUAUUAG